AUGGCAAACAAGCACGCAUCAAAUGGAGCUCCUCCUACUCCAGCAGACUCAAAUACCGGGGCAAACAAAUUCUUCGAGGACUUUGGGGUGUGGAAAGAUGCGCCUGUCUUGACGGGAAGCACCAAGUACGAGCCAUUGCCAGAUGUCAAGAACAUUAUGAUCACAGGAGGCGCGGGAUUUAUCGCAUGCUGGCUGGUACGACAUCUCACCUUGACCUACCCCAACGCAUACAAUAUCGUCUCUUUCGACAAGCUCGACUAUUGCGCGUCCUUAAACAACACGCGCGUCCUCCAGGACAAGCGCAAUUUCACCUUCUACCAUGGCGACAUUACAAACCCCUCCGAGGUCAUGGACUGCUUGGAGCGCCACAACAUUGAUACUGUCUUCCAUUUCGCCGCACAAUCCCACGUCGAUCUGAGUUUUGGUAACUCGUACGCUUUCACCCACACCAAUGUGUACGGUACUCACGUACUUUUGGAGAGUGCCAAGAAAGUCGGAAUCAAGAAGUUCAUCCACAUCUCCACCGACGAGGUCUACGGAGAGGUCAGAGAUGAUGCCGAUGAUCUGCUAGAGACCAGCAUUUUGGCUCCUACGAACCCUUACGCCGCCAGUAAGGCCGCCGCAGAGAUGUUGGUACACUCGUACCAAAAGUCUUUCAAGCUGCCAGUGAUCAUUGUGCGAAGCAACAAUGUCUACGGACCUCAUCAAUAUCCAGAGAAGAUUAUUCCUAAAUUCAGCUUGCUGCUCCACAGACGCCAGCCAGUCGUUCUCCACGGAGAUGGAACACCCACCAGACGCUACCUCUUUGCUGGAGAUGCCGCAGAUGCCUUUGACACAAUUCUGCACAAGGGCCAAAUGGACCAAAUCUACAAUGUCGGUUCCUAUGACGAAAUCUCCAACUUGACCCUCUGCUCAAAACUCCUCACCUACCUCGACCUCCCCCACGAGACGCAAGAGGAGCUCCACAAAUGGGUCAAGCACACCGUUGACCGUCCCUUCAACGACCACCGCUACGCCGUCGACGGCACCAAGCUGCGCCAGCUCGGGUGGGAGCAGAAGACCAGCUUCUCCGACGGCAUGGCCAUCACCGUAGACUGGUACAAGCGCUUCGGCGAGAAGUGGUGGGGUGAUAUCACCAAGGUCCUCACGCCCUUCCCUACCGUCACUGGUACCGAAGUUGUCGCCAGCACGGAACCCGUCGAGGAUAUCAGCGAGGCCAUGGUUGUCGAUUCGGACGACAAGAUGACCUUGGGUAAGAAGCGGAAGAUUGAUGGCAAUGAAAACGCUCAAGCUGUGCAAGCCUAA